UCGCCGGCUCCGCGCCGCGGCCCUGCCCUCAGGCCCCCGCGGGCUCCGCGCGGCCGCCAGAGGCUCAGUCUCACCCGCCGCUCGGGGACCGGCCCGCCGCGUCCCCUGGGCAACCGUCUCCAGGGAGACCGGGCCCCGCCCCCGGCACCGACACCCGAUAAGGAGCGCUCAGAGUCAAGCAAGGACGGAAUGACGCUCACUGGUUCCAGCGCAUCUUCGAUCUGCCAGGCAGAGGGGCCUUUGCCGCUGGUCGUUCUUGGACCCUUCCAGAGAGGACGACUGGUGUCCGAGCAGUGAGGAAGCAGGAUGCCCCCGGGGGUGGACUGCCCCAUGGAAUUCUGGGCCAACGAGGAGAACCAGAGCGUGGCGGUUGACUUCCUGCUGCCCACGGGGGUCUAUCUGAACUUCCCCGUGUCCCGCAAUGCCAACCUCAGCACCAUCAAGAAGGUGCUGUGGCACCGAGCCCAGUAUGAGCCGCUCUUCCACAUGCUCAGUGACCCCGAGGCCUACGUGUUCACCUGCGUCAACCAGACGGCGGAGCAGCAGGAGCUGGAGGACGAGCAGCGGCGGCUGUGCGACAUCCAGCCCUUCCUGCCCGUCCUGCGCCUGGUGGCCCGCGAGGGCGACAGGGUCAAGAAGCUCAUCAACUCGCAGAUCAGCCUCCUCAUCGGCAAAGGCCUGCACGAGUUUGAUUCUCUGCGGGACCCGGAGGUGAAUGACUUCCGAGCCAAGAUGCGCCAGUUCUGUGAGGAGGCGGCCGCCCGGCGGCAGCAGCUGGGCUGGGAGGCCUGGCUGCAGUACAGCUUCCCCCUGCAGCUGGAGCCCUCGGCGCGGACCUGGGGCGCCGGCACCCUGCGGGUCCCCAACCGGGCCCUCCUGGUCAACGUCAAGUUCGAGGGCAGUGAGGAGAGCUUCACCUUCCAGGUGUCCACCAAGGACGUGCCCCUGGCGCUGAUGGCCUGCGCCCUGCGGAAGAAGGCGACGGUGUUCCGGCAGCCCCUGGUGGAGCAGCCCGAGGACUACACGCUGCAGGUGAACGGGAAGCAGGAGUACCUGUACGGCAGCUACCCGCUCUGCCAGUUCCAGUACAUCUGCAGCUGCCUGCACAGCGGGCUGACCCCCCAUCUGACCAUGGUCCACUCCUCCUCCAUCCUUGCCAUGCGGGACGAGCAGAGCAACCCUGUCCCCCAGGUCCAAAAAUCGCGCACCAAGCCGCCCCCCAUCCCCAUGAAGAAGCCCUCGUCCUUGUCCCUGUGGGCCCUGGAGCAGCCCUUCUGCGUGGAGCUGAUCCAGGGCAGCAAAGUGAACGCCGACGAGCGGAUGAAGCUGGUGGUGCAGGCCGGGCUCUUCCACGGCAACGAGACGCUGUGCAAGACGGUGUCCAGCUCGGAGGUGAGCGUGUGCUCGGAGCCCGUGUGGAAGCAGCGCCUGGAGUUCGACAUCAACGUGUGCGACCUGCCGCGCAUGGCCCGGCUCUGCUUCGCGCUGUACGCCGUCAUCGAGAAGGCCAAGAAGGCCCGCUCCACCAAGAAGAAGUCCAAGAAGGCGGACUGCCCCAUCGCCUGGGCCAACCUCACCCUGUUCGACUACAAGGACCAGCUCAAGACGGGCGAGUGCUGUCUCUACAUGUGGCCCUCUGUCCCAGACGAGAAAGGGGAGCUGCUGAACCCCACAGGAACCGUGUGCAGCAACCCCAACACCGAGAGUGCCGCCGCCCUGGUCAUCUGCCUCCCCGAGGUGGCCCCCCACCCCGUGUACUACCCCGCCCUGGACAAGAUCCUGGAGCUGGGGCGGCACGGGGAGCACGGGCGCGCCACGGAGGAGGAGCAGCUGCAGCUCCGGGAAAUCCUGGAGCGGCGCGGGUCCGGGGAGCUGUACGAGCACGAGAAGGACCUGGUGUGGAAGAUGCGCCACGAGGUGCAGGAGCGCUUCCCCGAGGCGCUGGCCCGGCUGCUGCUGGUCACCAAGUGGAACAAGCACGAGGACGUGGCCCAGAUGCUCUACCUGCUGUGCUCCUGGCCGGAGCUGCCCGUCCUGAGCGCCCUGGAGCUGCUGGACUCCAGCUUCCCCGACCGCCACGUGGGCUCCUUCGCCAUCAAGUCCCUGCGGAAGCUGACGGACGACGAGCUGUUCCAGUACCUGCUGCAGCUGGUGCAGGUGCUCAAGUACGAGUCCUACCUGGACUGCGAGCUGACGAAAUUCCUGCUGGACCGGGCGCUGGCCAACCGCAAGAUCGGCCACUUCCUCUUCUGGCACCUCCGCUCCGAGAUGCACGUGCCCUCAGUGGCCCUGCGCUUCGGCCUCAUCAUGGAGGCUUACUGCAGGGGCAGCACCCACCACAUGAAGGUGCUGAUGAAGCAGGGGGAGGCGCUGAGCAAGCUGAAGGCCCUGAACGACUUUGUCAAAGUGAGCUCCCAGAAGAGCCCCAAGCCGCAGACCAAGGAGCUGAUGCACCUGUGCAUGCGCCAGGAGACCUACCUGGAGGCCCUGUCCCACCUGCAGUCCCCGCUGGACCCCAGGAUCCUGCUGGCGGAAGUCUGCGUGGAGCAGUGCACCUUCAUGGACUCCAAGAUGAAGCCGCUGUGGGUCAUGUACAGCAACGAGGAGGCGGGCGGCGACGGCAGCGUGGGCGUCAUCUUUAAGAACGGGGACGGUGAGCGGCCGGGGUCCCCGGAGGACCUCCGCCAGGACAUGCUGACGCUGCAGAUGAUCCAGCUCAUGGACAUCCUGUGGAAGCAGGAGGGGCUGGACCUGAGGAUGACCCCCUACGGCUGCCUCUCCACCGGGGACCGCACGGGCCUCAUUGAGGUGGUGCUUCACUCAGACACCAUCGCCAACAUCCAGCUAAACAAGAGCAACAUGGCCGCCACGGCCGCUUUCAACAAGGAUGCCCUGCUCAACUGGCUCAAGUCCAAGAACCCUGGGGAGGCCCUGGACAGGGCCAUUGAGGAGUUCACCCUCUCCUGCGCUGGCUACUGUGUGGCCACCUACGUGCUGGGCAUCGGCGACCGGCACAGCGACAACAUCAUGAUCCGCGAGAACGGGCAGCUGUUCCACAUUGAUUUUGGCCACUUUCUGGGGAAUUUCAAGACCAAGUUUGGAAUCAACCGUGAGCGGGUCCCCUUCAUCCUCACCUAUGACUUUGUGCAUGUGAUUCAGCAGGGCAAGACGAACAACAGUGAGAAGUUUGAAAGGUUCCGUGGCUACUGCGAGAGGGCCUACACCAUCCUGAGGCGCCACGGGCUGCUCUUCCUCCACCUCUUCGCCCUGAUGCGGGCGGCAGGCCUGCCGGAGCUCAGCUGCUCCAAAGACAUCCAGUAUCUCAAGGACUCGCUGGCGCUGGGGAAGACCGAGGAGGAGGCGCUGAAGCACUUCCGCGUGAAGUUCAACGAGGCGCUGCGGGAGAGCUGGAAGACCAAAGUGAACUGGCUGGCCCACAACGUGUCCAAAGACAACAGGCAAUAGCAGCCGCCCGGCUCGCUGGCCGCUGACCCGCCAGGCCCCGGCCGGGCAGGCGCGAGCCAUGCGUCCUGGGAGCCGCCACCGUCGGCCGCCCGGGGCCUGCGCGCCUGCCGCCCGGCGGGCACGAACUCGCUGCCUUUGUUUACACUGGUUAUUUAUUAAUGACUUGAAACGUUUCAGGAACUCAACAGCCAUCGUGGACGUGCACCCUUGAGCAGGGGAGGGCGCCGUCCUGCGGCCCGCCAGAGCCCUGGGCUCUGAUGAGAAGACACUGUGAGGCAGCACCUCGUGGGGGACCGUACGCCGUCUUCCAGCUGGUGGGCCUGGACCCAGCAGACUCACCCCCCGGGGAGCUGCCUUCUCCCAGGGCUGCGGGGCGGCACGGGUCCGGGCGCCCGUUACCCGGUGCCUGCUGCCGGCCAGGCCGCCCGCGCUCCCGCUCGCCCCUCCACCUCGUGCUCUCCGUCGCCUGAUCCUGGCAGCUCCCAGAGGAAGCCUGGUACCCCCUAGAUUCAGGGAUGCUUGCUCUCCACUUUUAAAGUGACUCUUGGGUACGGGAAUCCUCUCCUCUGCUGUAAAGUGGUUUUGUUUGCGGGUAAGAAAAAAAUAGCCAAACGCCUCACUGAGCCUCUGAGGGAGGGGACAGCCCGGCCCCGUAAGGAUAAUAUAUGCUGGUCCUCGAGGCGUAUUAAACAGCUCCGUUAGCUCAUCCUGUCGUGGAUCGAGGGACAGCAGGUCAGAGGACUUCGUGCCGUUCCCUGCGAGCUUCCUCUAAAAGGUUUCAGGGAAGGGUGGGUCUCUUCCGGAAUCCCAGCUCGAGAACCUGCUGGGCAGUCAGGUCCCUGCGCUGAGUGAGGGGUGUGGUGGGGCCUCCUGUGAGGUCUUUGUGGCCUGAGGCAGCCUGGGCCCCCAGCCUUCUGCCGCUGGCCGGGGCGGGGCCGGAACCCGGGCCUUCAGGAGCCGGCAGCCGCCCUAGUGAACGAGCAGCGACUUGGCCUCGGCAGGCUACACUGCGGGUCCCCCCAACGAGGCCUUGCAAGGCUCAGCAGAGCCCGAGGUCGCUGCCUCUCACCAGCCCAGAAGCACUCCGUGCCCACGGACACCACCACCCACUGCUCCCAGCAGGUGCUGCUCCCUCGGACCCCGGCCGCGCUGGACCCAGGAGAAGCCGUGCCUGCCUGUUGUUUACGUAAAGGAGCAGCGUGCUCCCGGGGUGGGCAGCUCACUGCACACGGCAGCGCUGACCGGGGUGCUGACGGGGCGCACGGCCUGUGUGCCUGUGCGAUAGUUUCUAUUUUUUUAAACCUUCCGUGUUUCUGUGCGGGGAAGCGCUCAGCAUGGCGGUGCAGGCCGAGGAGCAGCCUCAGAGCCCUCGGAGAGGGAAAGCAGCUGAAAUAAAGGCCUUUUCGUGGCA